AUGACCACGGUUGUCGCCCCAGGCCCCUCGGCAGCGACCGAUCAAGCUUCCAGCUGCGCCAGAGAUUUCGCUGACCUGUUGACCGUCAUCAUCACCACCUCCCCAACUCCUUCAGCACCGUCAACAGAGUUGCUCUCACAAAUUAUCCUCUCCUUCCAACAGCACUGCCCUGGAUUGACUCAAUGUCGGCUCAUCCUUGUCCUCGAUACCUACGACCACAUCAGUUCGACGGCCCGACUCAAGAAAGGGCAUGUCACUGCAGAGGGUGCUCAAAACUACAUUGAGUACAAGGAGAAUGCGAAGCAUCUCAUCCUCCGGGAAUAUGCCAGUGGGCAGGGCGGCUCCGAGGAAUCAGCACCCCAGGAGUUAAUCGAGGAAGUCGGCGAGGCCGAGUUUGGUUCCCUGGCCUAUGCCCACCAGAACAACUCAGUCCCACUGUUCAUCACCAAAACCCCAGAUGGACGGGUCGUGUUUAUUGAGCCCUCGCAACGUCUUGGUUUUGGGCUUGCCGUCCGUACAGCCUUGAGGCUCACCGAAACGCCAUAUGUUUGGAUCCAACAGCACGACUGGGGUCUCGUGUCCGACAUACCUCUUCGCCCGCUACUCGCUCUCAUGCAGCAACGCUCGCGAGCGGCGACCCAGGAUGCACAAGAUGACGAGGAAGAUAUGCCAGUGCCCAUCAAAUAUAUUUGUUUUCCCUCGAUUCGUAUGGUCGAGUACGCCCGCUCCGACCACGUCAUGCUGUACCCGGCUCUGCGUGCGUUGACCAACCUGCACAAGCAGAAUUUCACCGUUUUCUCAAGGGAGGGGAAGGAUACGGGUGAUAAAGGAAGAGGGACAGAAAGGGAAAUGACAAAGAUCCCGCUCACGCCACUAUUUUUCUGGCAUGACAAGCCCCAUCUGGUCGAGACCGCACAUUAUCUCGCCCAGGUUUUCCCAGUCCGGGCAGCACUCCCACGUGGCGCUUUUAUCGAAGACACAAUAGGCCACCGGGCGAGAGCAGAAAUGAAAGACGGCCGGUGGCGGAAAUGGGCGUGCUGGCUCUUUUACCCUGACGACGGCAAGAAACUUUGUCUGAGGCAUCUCAAGGGGAGGACAUGGCGAGGUGCCGAGGGCGAGCUGGCGCAAAAGCUCGAGUACAUGCGGCUUGCCUCGAUGGAAUCCCGUCCGGAAUGA